AUUUGUCGAAAUGGAUGAUACUCCUUGAUUCAAUAAGAAACUCUACCUUCAUUCAAGUAGAAAGAAUGGAAAUCCUGAUGGCACCAAGGCUAGGGCCAUUAAAACAGCAAGGAACAAAACUGAUGGAAAGUUAAACCAAAUGAACUGCUUUACUGAUGAUGAAACAAUUUGUGCAACGGUCGUCCCUCACAGUGGUAGAGAUGAGCACAAAGAGGAUACUAUCAACGACUUCAGAACUGAUAUGGAUACUUCACAACCGGGGGGAAACCUCAAUUUACUGCAAAGAGAAGAAGAUACACAUUCUGAGUUCUCAGCUCCAGUUAAAGCUGAACUCUCAAAUUUGAUCCCUGAAGCUAGAUCAACUCAAAGAUUUGGAUCAAACCUCCAAGAUCUUCAAUCUGCUAGAUUCUCUGCUCAGGAGAUUGAAGAGAGUAAAUCAAUAGUUGAGAAAUUCCUAAGCAAGAAAAAGGAUACUAAGAAGAAGAAAGCGAACCCUAAACCUCAGGUAUUUUCCCGCCUACACAACCAAGCUGUAGUCAAGCAGAAAAAGAAGGCAGAGAUUGAACUUAAACAUAGCAAAUCUCUGAAAAAGAAAAACCUGAAGCACUCCAAAUCUACUUAUAUAAAUGAAGAUAAGCUUUAUACACUUGAUUCCACUCCAAAGAAGUCUAAGAAAUAUGGGAGGAACAACACUAAAGGAGAUCUAGCUUAUGACGCCUGUGCUGGUCAUAGCCUUUACCUCAAAAGCCGUGGAAAGUCCAGAAAGAAAGAGCAUUCCAUCAAGAGAAUUAAGCGGAGAAGAAGCAUGAAGCAGAAAAAAGUUCAAGAUGAGCUUACAAAGGUACCUCUGAUGUCGAACAAGUCAAAAUGGAUCCUAAAGUCUAAAAACCUUGAUUCAACAUUUAAGGAUGAAACUUUAUUAACGGCAGGAGCUGACCAGCAGAGACUGAUUGAAAGAACCAAGCAGGAAUAUAUUCAGGAAAAGAAUAAAAAAUACAACUUUGAGCCUCAUAUCACCAAGAAAUCCAAAGAAUUAGCUAAGAACUACCACACAGAUCAAAAGUUGGCCAACGAUGCUUUAUCCAGAGAAAAAGAAGUGUUAGAGCAAAAAUAGGGAGAUCCUUCGUGAGAAAUCUCUAUCAAAAGAGUGCUCCUUCAAGCCUGAGAUUGGGGAGCUCAAUAGGAAAUUAGCCUUGAAUAAAGAGAAUACUCAGCAAUUUUUGAAGAGGCUCACUACUUCUAAAUCAAUGACUGAGAAGAACAUUGAAGAGAAAAGGGAGGAGAUUAGGUAUCUCCAAGAAGUCUAUGAUGCUGAUAAUAACCAACAGUUUUUCCACCCAAAGAUCUCACAGUAUGAGAAGUUAGAAGAACUAGACCGGAAAAAUAAGGGAUAUGAAAAUAUCCACGAAGCUUUAUACAAAGAAGCCAAGAUUUUUAAAGAUAAGAAGAAAAAUCUCAAGAAAUCUUAUAAAAAGCAAGAAAAAUUGGAGUCUCAGAACUACAGAGUACAGAAAAUGAACAAGAAUUCUAAGAAAAUUCUGAGCAAGACUCAUACUAACAAGCUAGUCAAGAUUUUUGAAGCUCUUGAUAGUGAUGAAGAUGGAUACAUCUCCGCUCAGAAGAUAGAGUUGUCCAAUCUGUCUAACAAAAUACUUGAUGUCAUUACCCCUCUUCUACUGAAGAUUGAAGAGCACGAAUUGAAUAUCAAUUUCGAGCAAUUCGCGAAUAUCGUUCUGGAAUUUGCCCAGAGCCUUUCUGUGACUGAUAGAAAUACUAUACUUGGCCCAGAAAGAGAGCCAUUAAAAUGUCCUCCAGAACAACCUACUUUUGCCCCAGAACUUUCUGCGAAUACAAGGGCUAUCAACGAGCUCGGAGAGGAGAGGAAUUUCAAACUAUGGGAGGACCAUAGGAACAGAGGAGAAGGAGAGAAUCAAAAGGAAAAUGAAGAGCUUCAGCACUGUACUUUCCACCCAAAAAUCCGUGACUACAGACCAGAAAGAUUCAAAAUGGGGAUGAACACAAAGGAUGAAAUCAAGGAAGUAUUAUCAAAUCUAAUUUCACAUGAUUAA